UGUCUAUCAAUUGACUGUGGAUGUUAGUGAGGUCCCCCCUCAAGAUUUUCUAUGACAAACUCCAACAAGAACAGCAGAAACAAACAUUAAAUUCGUGGCAUCUGCUCCAACAAAGCAAAAACAAGUGCUGCAUCACAGAAAACCCAAAUAGAAGAUAAGAGAGAUCAUCACCCGCAUAAAGCCAUAGGCCACAAGCAGGCGGCAACCCAAGCAACGCACAAUGGCAAAUCUCAAAGAUGAUUUGGAUCAAUAUCUGCUGUUGCAGAGUGAACAAAAGAAAAAAUUCAAAGUGCCACAACUGAAAGUACCCGAUAAGUUUGGAAAAAUAUUUCGAAAUGCUGAACCGGAGGCCAACAGUUGGUUAAAGGACACGCAGGAUAGCUGCUGCCCGAAAUUGUCACGCUUACAACGUAUUGUCGGCUUUGUUGCUUGCCUGGGCAUGGGCACACUGUGCAUAACAAUAUCCCUGUUCUACAUUCCUGUACUGCUGCUGAAGACGCGCAAAUUCUCGCUGCUUUAUACACUGGGUAGCUUAUUUUUUAUUUUGAGUUUUUGUUUCCUUUCCGGCUUUUUGGCCUUUUUCAAGACGCUCUUCACGAAACAAAGAGCCUUGGUGUCGUCGACAUAUUUUAGUUGCAUGUUUGCCACACUCUACUGUGCCCUGUGGCUACAAAGCACUGCCCUCACCGUACUCUUUGCCUUGGCCCAGAUGAUUGCACUGGCUUUUAUGGUUGUGGGCACGGUACCGGGCGGUGCAACCGGCAUGAAAUUCUUUGGUUCCUUAUUUAAGAGUAGCGUAAGUUCGUCAACAAGUUCGAGUGCUUUGCCGGUUUAAGAGACCAACCUAGUUUUGAGGUAGCUAUUUUUUUUUUUUGUAUAUAGUUUAUAGUGAUCGACACUGCAGAUAUUCUCAUAAUUAUUUUUUUUCCUAAACGAAAGCGAAAUUAUAAUAAGAUUUAUGCGAUUUAUAUACCUACACACUCUACAUACAUGUGGCAUGUAACAUAAAUAAAGAAAUUAAAAAAAGAAUGAAACAAGAAGAAUCUUAAACAAGCUGCCAAAUGA